AUGGCAAGGCCAGCGGAGCCGGCGACACCUCCAUCCGCAAGGCCAGUGGAGCCGGCGCCUCCAUCCGCAAGGCCAGCAGAGCCGGACUUUGACCCGAAGUCGAAAAUGGUGGCCGAGCACUAUGCGAUCCACCCGUGGUUCACCAAGCAGGUGGGCGAGCCCAAGGAUGCGAAGUCGGCGCCGGUGACAUGGAAUCGGAAUUGGAGCCAGGAUAUGCGCGAGCUUCGGAGCUUCAAAGCCGUUUCCCAGAAACUUGCCGCGAACGAGGCGACGCUGCGCGAGUCGGAAGCAAAGGUUGCAACCUUGCAGGAGCAACUGAAAGAGCUGCGGCAAAAACAUGAGAGUGACACCCAGAACCUGCAGCAGCGCGCCACAGUCUUGCACUCGGACAUGGAGGCGCUCCUGAAGACCCAGAAGGAGCGGCAUGAGGAGGAGCUUCAAAGAGCACAGAGGGAGAAGACCACAGCCUUGGAGGAGCUGACACGCCAGAAGGACGAGGAGUAUGAUGAGGUGAUGCAGGAUCUGCUGUCAGAAAAGGUUCGCAGACAACGUGCCAAGAACAAAGCUCGAGCAGCAAAGGAGCAGGCGGGUCAUGCGGGUAUUGAUCGUCAUGCGGGUCAUGCGGGAUUGAAUCUGGUCACUUGGCAGGCGGGCAACAUCGCCCAGCAGAAGGCAGAGCUCAUGGCGAGGGAAAAGUUGUUGGCGAAGCAGGCCAGUAGUGACAGGGCUGCGCAGUUCAUAGCUGUCCAGGAGGCCAAACUGAAUGUCAAGAGCCAGGCGUUGGAGAAGGUGUGCUUCCAGACUGUGAGCUGCCUGUUUGUUGAGGGCUUGAUCUCCCGCCAGAUUCAGUUGGAGCUGUGCAGCGCUGUGCUUGCUGAGGCAAACUUCCAACCCCGCAUCUCGGCCAUUAGCCAGGCCAAAUCCACGGAAGCGCCGGCGGAGAAGAAAGGGGAAGAUGAUCGUGGAAGCUGCGAAUCUGAUCAGGCGACAGAGGAGAUGAACGUGCGGACGCUGCGGAAGCUGUGCAAGGAGAAGGGGCUGAAAGUGCGAGGCAGAAAGAAAGAAGUUUUGGCCCGGCUCCUGGCGGUCCUCAAGCCGGGCAUGGCUGGUGAUGAUCGUGAUGGCAGCAGCGCCCCAGGGCAGAGCGGCAAGGCGGAUGUUGUGCCUGACAAGAGCGAGGACAGCGACGUCACUGACGAGGUCACUGACCAGGACCAGGACAAGGACGAUGAUGUUGAGACUGAAGAGCAACCAGUCCUGAACUUGUCAAAGAAGCGUGUGGCUGCGCUGCAACGCAGCAUUUUGGAGGGCCGACGCCAAGUGAACACACCAGAGCGCUACUCACCUUCCCCUGCCAGCUUCAUCUAUGAUGAUGAUGACUCCAACAGCGAGGGCAUCAGCGUGGACACGGAUGCGUCUGCGUGCUCUUUGUCUUCUGAUUCCACUGAGGCCAGGCACAGUUGGGCAGACAGCGUUGCUUUGCAGUGCUUCUUGGGCGGAUUGCAGUGGUUCUUGAACGGGUCAGAUUUCUCGGGCCUGGACACGCCCUACUGGGCUCUCCAGCGGUUGCAGGUGCCAUGCCGGCACGUCUUCUCCUGUGAUUGCGAGCCUGCAAGCUUGAAGGUGCUCCACUUCUUGCAGCCUGAAAUCGUCUACACCGAUGUCCGAGCUCGCAAUGUCCAAGAAGCUCCGGACGUGGAUUUGUUCUGCUUCGGACCUCCGUGCCAGUCCUACUCUAGGCAAGGCAAGAGGCAAUUUGAUGAUUGCGAACUAGGGUGCCUCGGACUACACUCUCUGGCCUACAUCAUUUACCACAAGCCGCGGCUGAUUCUCAUGGAGCAGGUGCCAGAUGUGGUGUCGUCGGAGUUCAUGAAGGUGAUGUGCAAGGAGCUGCAGAAAGCUGAGUACACCUUGCACCUGAGCAUCUUGAAGUCAUAUGAGUAUGGAGCGCCACAGGCGCGGGAGCGGGUGUACAUGGUUGGCAUCCUUCGCCAAGUGGGCGCGUUCUCAUUUCCGUCCCCGGUCCCUUGCCCGCCUGUGUCUGACUUCAUUGAUAGACUGCCAGCGUCUGAGUUCAAAGCUGUGCCUGAAGAAGGGCCCCAGGGUGGUACGACAAGGAUUGUCAAUGUGCUUCGCGAGUUGGAGAAGUGCUUGGAGAAGGACGUGAACCCCUUCCAAGCCUACGUGUUCAUCACAAGUGGCGCCAGCCAGGGACGAUGCAACCACAUGGUGGGCCGUGUCAUGACCCUGACUCGCAGCGAAUGCAUGAGACAGGGCUAUUGGUGCACUGUCAAAGGCGGUUUCCUGAGCCCCGAAGACAUGGCCAGGCUACAAGGCUUUUGGGAUGGCUUUCUGGACUGGCGAAGCCUGACCAUCUCCGAUUCCCAGUUUGGCGCCUUACUUGGCAAUGCCAUGACUUUAAACGUUCUGCUGCACCUGUUUCCACACAUGUUGCGGGCAGCCGGGCUCAUGACUGCAGGUGAGUUUGAUGAAGCCUUGCAGCGGGCGUCGUUCUUCAACGUGGGGGACAAAGUCGCCAUCUCAGAAGAGCAGCUGCCAGUGCAUCAGUCAGGUGAACCAGUUGAAGUUGGCGACCAGCUGGCUGCGCCAGCGGCAGAGGUUUUCAGCAGCCUCUUGGCUUGGAUUCGCAAAGGAGGUUGCCUUCGAGACGGCGUGCCAAAUGUCGGCCAUUUCAAGAAGGCAAAGAUGCUGUCGUGGACGCUGGCUGAAGCUCUACGCAAGCUCGUCAAAAACACGGCGACCAAUGUGACGAAUCUCACGAAGCAGUUGCUCAAUGAGUUUUGCACCACCAACUUCGGCUGCCCAUAUUACGCAAUUCUUGAUGCACUGGAUGCAGAAAUGAUGCUGCAGGCGGGUCUUCUGGCCGACGCAACGGACGAAGCGCAAAUCCUCAUUCGCUUCUUCGACACCGGUGACCCGGAUUCGGGCAAGAUCUCCGCCAGUGUGGCCACGCAAAACGUGUGGACAUCCGCUGGGUACACGCUGGCCACAUUGAGGUUUCUGGAGGCACCAACUCAUAUUGUGGUGAGAGGAGAAGUUCGAUGCAUUGGUGGGCCCAACGCCGUUCCCGCCCAGCUGCGCUCCCGUUGCCUGUCGCGGAUGCUGGCAUGGCGGGCGCUGGCUGAGCAGGUUGUGCGGGCCGAGCAUCCUAGCUUCGAGCUGGUCCAGUGCUUCAGCGCAUUUGACAUGGAGUGCUUUGAGCAGCAGGCAGCAUCGAUGACCGCGAGCAACCUUCAGUGCUCAGAAGCGUUGCGGCGAGUUGCGUCGUCCCUGCAGUUGGACUUGGAGGAGCUCAUUUCAGAGUACCUUGACUUGGGUUCCAUUGCCCUGGCUUUCUGGAGGAACCAGAAUCGAGAGCGCAGUAACUUGCAAUGCUGGCAGCACGCAAUCGAUUCCACAAGCAGUAGUGCAGCUCGAAGGCGCCACCCUGUUAACUCGCUGGCAGUUGCGCUUGCGCACUACGGGUGCAUGACUUCCUCUGACAGUGUGGUGGAGCGUGACUUCUCGCGUGUCAAGCAUGUCCUGGGCGAGAAGCGCCUUCAAUGCGCAAUAGAGGCCGAGAAUGACAUUGUCGUCAUUGCGUUGAGCGACCCAGAUUUAGACAACGAAGUCAUCCGCACCGCUCAGCAGGUUUGGAAGGAAGCCUACGGUGUCUGCAGCAGGGCAAGAACGAAAGUGCGCUUUGACAAAGGCGUUGUCAAAAGCCGUAGCAGACAAAUCGCGGAUGGCUUUGAUGCUGCCAAUGGCGAUGACUCAGGCAAGGCGGUGUCAGAAACAAUGUUUCGCAAGACAAGACGGCAAGAUGUUGCGGCCAAGAUGGCUGCGGGGGAUGUGGCUGCAGCCAGUGAGGUUGUGCUGGCUGACCCGUCAAGCGCAUGGACUGCUGCUCACGAUGAAGAGUUACGGUUCAACUGCAAGAAACAGUUGAAGCGAGCCUACGAGUGUUUGGAGUCUGGAACGCUGAACAUUUCUGAGCUGCCUGAUGAGCUCCGCGGCGAGGCCAGGAAGUAUUUGCAAUCCAGGCACUCCAAUAUGUUGGAGCGAGAGCGAGCAGAGCGCCGGCUGGCUAAGCAGACCUUGCAAAGGCUUCCUGACCCGGAGGAGUUGUAUGGCCUGGCCGUGCUCGUUGAUGAUUCAUUGAGGACUAGGGCACUGGACGCUGCAAUGGACAGCAUGGGCUGGCAUGUCACCAUGGCAGCCCACGAUGCCAAAGUCGUUGUGCUUGACGUCAUCAACUCCGCCCUGCCUGUGCACCUUGCCAUUGCAGCUGCGCUUGGUGGCAUAUGGCUUGUGACACCCGACUUUGUGUGUGCUUACAAAGGGGCUGCCAUCAAGCUUAAGCCUGCAGCCCGCACCAAGCGCAAGGUCUUCUGCACUCUGAAGUUUCAGACGGAGCACUCCCAAGAGUUUGCUGUGCUCCAAGCAUUUCAAUCAAACCAGUUUCGGCUGAUCAAUUCACUUGAAGAAUUCGCAGUUGCUAAACAGCAAGCUGAAGAUUGCCGGAGCUCUGCAUCAGUUCUGGCGUUGCUGCAUGAAUCCGAGAAGCCAGUGUUUGCAGGCAUUAGCCAUUGCUGGACUCCUCAGGAAUUCAGAGACUUCGUUUUCCAGGUUGAUCUGGAGAAGACGUGUCAGGGCAAGUGA